AUGGGUUCCGUUGGCGAAACGACAUACUCCAUCCCCAAGGAAACCAAAAAGAUCUUCGAGAACGAAAUCCUGAACAACCCCCUGAUCCCGUCUCUCCCAUCGGAAAUCCACGAAGCAGGCAAACUCGUCCAUUUCACCGGCAACGACGCCCCAAGCAUCCCCAUCAACUGGCGUUUCGCAGAGAGCGCCACCGCGUUGAAAGCCUUCGAGGCCAGUCUGCUUAACGUGCUACGCAUCCGCAAGUACAAAGACCAGUGCAAACUCUCCGAAGUCGAGAUAAACACGGACCAUGCCUCGCUGUUUGUGAUGAGCCCCUUCCUCGCACAGGUCGUGGAGAAAGAUGGCAAGCCAAAGUCGAGUGGAGUAAACUUCCUGGACGCGAAAGCUGCUGAGAAGAUCGGGAUCAAGAAUACGGAUCUCCACCGUGCGGGCGCGACGUUGCAGAGGCAGCUUGCGACGAAUAUUUAUCAGACUAAGGAUGGGAGGUACUAUCAUGUGCACGGGAGUAUGAACCCCGAGCCGACGUUGACGGCGUUGGGGAUGGAUUUGGAGGGUGAUCCUAACGGGGAGAAGGACUAUAUCAUCAAGGGUUUUGAGGAGGUUGUCGGCAAGAUUGAUUCCAAGGACCUGGAUGCGCUGAUGAACGAGAAAUAUCGCCAGGCGGGCACGAUCUGUUGGUCGACGGAGGAGUUCAAGCAGAGCGAGCAUGGGAAGGCGAAUGCGCAUGUGGGGUUGUAUGAGUUGGAGAGGGAUGCGGGUACAGAGCAGCCGCCUUCGUGGUGGCCUGAAAAUAGUUCGGUGCCUUCGUCGCCGAGCAGGCCUUUGGCUGGGUUGAAGGUUGUUGAUCUCACGAGGAUUAUCGCGGCGCCUACGAUUACGAGAUGUCUUGCCGAGAUGGGGGCCAGCGUGAUGAGAGUGACAUCGCCUCAUGUCACGGAUAUGUCGACUCUGCAUCAGGACUUGAAUUGGGGCAAAUGGACACCUCACCUCCACCUCAAAGACGAAUUCGACCGCCUCAAACUCCUCGAACUAAUCAAAGAAGCCGACGUCGUGGUCGAAGGCUACCGCCCCGAAGUCAUGAAGAAAUACGGUCUCAGCCGUCAAGAGAUCUUCGAACUCGUCAAAGGCCGUGGAAGAGGUAUCAUCCACGUCAAGGAGAACUGUUACGGCUGGAACGGCCCCUGGCAGCAUCGUAGUGGAUGGCAGCAGAUCAGUGAUGCCGUUCGUCCCCACCAAGCCGCUUUUCCUCCACACUCAAAUCCUCCGGCCAGUACGCCUGAUCAACCCCAUUCCCCCUCGUGCCCACAUUAUACCUCAACUCGACCCCAUCCGCAAACCUCGCCACCGGCAUAA